GAUGGGCAUGGAUAAAAACGUGGCGCGGCUCAUUGAUCCGAUCGAAGCCUUAACCCAAGAAACAGGCGCAAUCACCCAACAACCGCCAAAUCCCAUCGUUCGGUUUGAAGUCUACCCAGCACCGCUACUACCAUCUCCUUUCACAUCCUUCCCUCCUCGUAUACUACACUUGAAUUUACACUCUAAAUUAUUAUUUUUUAUUUCUUAAAUUUAAAAAUUUUCAAUUUUCUUUUUGGUCUUUUUGGUUUUUUGACUAAUUUCAAACUCUCACAUGAACUGCAACUAAUAAGUAAAAUACAACCCCAAACAACAAAAUCUCUAAAAUCUUCAGAUCUGGAAACACUUGUCUUUUUCCUGUCCUAAUUAUGCGGAGGUCUGGGCUGCAUAGGCAGCAUGGGAAACAAGGAGGAGGAGGAGGAGGAGGAGCAAAGGGAAUUUACGCCAAGCUAACAAUUGCCGUUGUAGUGCUUUUGAUAUGCACGCUCUCGCUUUUGUUUUCGGCUACCAUUAGUGGAAAUCGUGGAUCUGUCGAGCCUUCCGAGAUCAAUGCAGAAGAACUUUGGGAAAGUGCUAAGUCUGGUGGCUGGAGGCCAUCAUCUGCUCCACGAUCUGAUUGGCCCCCUCCUCCAAGAGAAACUAAUGGUUAUCUUCGAGUUCGUUGCAAUGGCGGUCUGAAUCAGCAACGCAGUGCGAUCUGUAAUGCGGUUCUUGCUGCAAGAAUUAUGAAUGCCACGCUCAUACUGCCUGAGUUGGAUGCAAACUCCUUUUGGCAUGAUGACAGUGGUUUCCAAGGUAUCUACGAUGUUGAACAUUUUAUCCAGAUGCUGAAAUAUGAUGUACGAAUUGUGGAAAGCAUACCUGAAAUUCGCAAGAAUGGUAAAACCAAGAAGAUGAAAGCUUAUCAGCUUCGGCCCCCUAGGGAUGCUCCUAUCAGUUGGUAUACUACAGUUGCUCUGGAGAAAAUGCAGGAACAUGGGGCUAUUUAUCUAACUCCCUUUUCACAUCGUCUGGCUGAAGAAAUUGACAAUGCUGAGUAUCAACGAUUGAGGUGUAGAGUUAACUAUCAUGCUUUAAGGUUCAAGCCAAACAUUAUGAAGUUAAGUGAGUCAAUAGUUGAUAAACUCCGUGCACAAGGUCAUUUCAUGGCGAUACAUCUUCGUUUUGAGAUGGAUAUGCUGGCAUUCGCUGGGUGCUUUGAUAUAUUUAACCCACAAGAGCAAAGUAUAUUGAAGAAGUAUAGAAAGGAAAAUUUUGCAGAGAAAAGACUUGUUUAUGAAGAAAGAAGGGCCAUUGGGAAAUGCCCACUAACUCCAGAGGAGGUUGGACUUGUCUUGCGUGCUAUGGGAUUUGACAAUUCUACCAGGAUGUACCUAGCAGCUGGUGAACUAUUUGGUGGAGAGCGAUUUAUGAAACCAUUUCGAGCUCUGUUCCCUCGCCUUGAAAAUCACAGUUCUGUAGACUCUUCAGAGGAACUAGUUGCGAACACCUGGGGGUUGUUAGGCUCUGCUGUUGAUUACAUGGUCUGUCUUCUUUCUGACAUUUUUAUGCCAACUUAUGAUGGACCAAGCAACUUUGCCAACAAUCUGCUAGGUCACCGACUAUAUUAUGGCUUUCGGACUACAAUUAGACCUGACAGAAAAGGGCUUGCUCCAAUAUUUAUUAAUCGAGAGAAUGGACGAACAGCUGGUUUUGAACAAGCUGUUAGGCGUGUCAUGCUUAAAACAAACUUUGGUGGGCCUCACAAGCGGGUGCCACCUGAAUCUUUUUAUACAAAUUCUUGGCCAGAAUGCUUCUGUCAAGUGUCACCUGAAAAUCCUGGUGACAAAUGCCCACCGGAUAAUGUCUUGGAAAUUUUAGACAGCCGGUUGGGGAAUGAAGAGAGCGGUGACCUAGAAGCCUUGGCGGAAACAAAUUCAACAAGUAGAACAGAAAGAUAGAAUUUUGUUUCAGACUUUUGCUAUGGUAUAUAUAUCUUCCUAGAAACUAGAGAAAGGAAUUGGUUUGUCUGGCUUCAUUGAGCUGUUCAGGUUCUUUUUACUUGCAGGUUGGACUAUGCUGACAGGUGAUAGGAGCAAAUUGGUUGGAGUACAUGGACCAAGUUUGUAAUUGAGAAGGUAUCGCAAACGUGUUUGUGUUGUUUUACUGCUGAACUCUGGCACUGCAUUUUUCCCUAAAAAAAAUAUGAAAAUGAGAAAAAGCCUCCUCCGUUAUUGUGUUAUAUCCGAUUGACCUAAAAGUUGUUGAGAAGAGAGAUGAUGCUUUUUAUUCA